AAGCUAUACGUAAAAGGCGUACUUCGGUGUAUUUAAUUCUCCUGACCAAUAGGGUGCCGAGGUCUGACCACAUGGCGUCAUGUAGCCUACUCUAGAAUUGCGCGCGUUCGAGAAGGGAAGCGGCACAGACACAAACACACGCACUCCAGCCUAUAUCUGUGAGUGUGUUUCCCGGCGGAGUUCCUCUUGUUUCCCGGUGAGCGGGUCGGGGUUCGGGUAGGUUAGGACCGGGUUCGGGUGGGUUAGACCGGGUUCGGGUAGGUUAGGAGUAGACCAGGUUCGGGUAGCGGACCCGUCGUGCUCCACCAUGCCGCUGACGAAGGAGGGGUGCUACGGGCUGGCCGAAGGGGCGCCGGGCCGCCGUGUGUCCGUGUUUUACGUCAAACUCACCGACUGCGCGGCAAGAGCCGUCGACACUUUCCAAAACACUAAGAGCCAAACCUCCCACCCCACGAUCUGCUUUGCUGGAGACCAGGGGAGGUUAACGGUCCCGGGCUGUGACGGCGAUCUGGAGAGGAGGGUGUUUUCGUUCGGUCUGACCAGCAUGGUGCGCCAUACCCCCCACGGCAGCUUUGACUGCGUGCGCCAAUCGGCCACCAGAGAUGGUGGAGGGCAGCUGUCCCACGUGGGGCCGGUCCAGCAGAGGCUGACGGUGCAGGCCACGGACGCGUCCUACCAGAAGGCGUAUCAGAACUUUGCCCAGGCGGAGGAGGAGACGCGCAAGCGGGCCGCCAUCGUCAUCAAGGACGGCGGGCGGGGGCAGAAGCGGAGGGUGACGGUGAGGGCCCCGGGCCCCGCCCUGGUCAGCCUGGCCAGGCCCCGCCCCGCCGGCCAGGCCCCCCUGGGGGGGACCCCGAGGAGGAGGCCGGGUGUGGCGGGGGUGCGGAGUGCCCAGGCGGGCGUGGCCGGGCUGGAGACAGAGAAGCGGCCAAUCAGGGAGAGGCUGGUGCACCUGCUGGGGGUGCGGCCGUACCGGAGGGCGGACCUCCUCCUCAGGCUGCAGCAGGACGGACUGACGGACGGGGAGAAGGAGGAGCUGGACCAGCUUCUGCUGGAGGUGGGCCAGCUGAACAACAGAGACCAGACCCUGGUCCUGAGAGACCAGCUCUACUCAGAAGUCCAGAAGGACUGGCCCGGAUAUACCCCCCUGGACCAGACGCUGCUCAAGAGGCACCUGGUCAGGCGUAUGUUCCGACCGUACAGGAGGCGUCUGUCGGUCCCGGGGGCCCAGGUCAGCCCGCUGAGGGACACGCCCAACUCCUCCCCCGCCCGCCACGCCCACAGACCCCGCCUGGCGGAGGAGCACCCCCCGGGCCACUCCCCGGCCCACAAGAAGCCGCGGGUGUCCCGCGUCUCGGCCAGCAACGGGGGGGUCGCCGUGGCGACGGGCGCCCCCCUGGCGACGGACACCGCCACCCCGCUGCGGAAACACCCCGCGCGCCCCGCCGGCCGGACGGAGGCGGGGGGAGACGUCGCCGUGACGACGGAAGACGUCAAGCACAACAAAAGAAACAGCAGAAGGGGGGAGGCCCUGGACCCCCGUCGGCUCUCUGACUCGCUGCAGGCCGUCCGCCUGCAGAGGGGGAGGCGGGCGGAGGAGGCGGCGGAGGAGGUGGUGAUGGUGUCGGAGAGACUGCAGCCCUCCUUCUCCUGCUCUACUCCGAGGCCCAGGGAGAGCCAUAACCGUCUCCCCCAGCCCGGCCCUGCCCCUGCCCGUCUCCCCCAGGGGGGGGGCCCUCCCCCUGCCCGUCUCCCCCAGCACGGCCCUCACACCCGGGAGGAGGGCCCCCCACCCCCUGCUGAGUCUCCUCAGCCCAGGGGCCCCAAGACAGAGCGGCGCCCGAAGAAGAGGGGGAGAAGCAGACUCGGCGAGCAGGAGAAGGUAAGGAGUGGAGAUGGGGAGAGGACAGGAGGGUCAAACCCAGGAGAGCUGAAGACCAAAGGGACCUCUGAGUGUAAAGACACCGAUGGGGCGUGCCGUGACUCGGUAGUGCUGCGCGACGCCGCCCCCAUGACGGACUACCUGUCGGCGUACACAGUGAUUCUUGACCAGCAGCAGCGCCUGCGCUACAAGCAGGACUUCAACCAGGAGUACCAGGAGUACCGCGGGCUGCACGCCCGCAUCGACGACCUGACGCGGCAGUUCAUGAGGCUCAACACACAGCUCAGGCAGCGCAGCCACGGUUCCAGGGAGCACAAGACGAUUCGCAAUCAGAUUCUGCAACAAUAUCGCACCAUUAAAAAGUUCAAUCCAAACUACAACCAAGACAGGAUCCGCUGUGAAUAUCUGCACGACAAGCUGGCCCACAUAAAAAAGCUCAUCUCUGUGUACGACCAAACGGCGUCUAGCUCUGAGCCAUCGCAGACCCACCAGGUUCCUGCCAGCGGGGAUUAAAAUAAGCAACGACACGUUAACCAGGACCUGAGAGGGUUAACGCAAGAAACGGUCCUGUCAUGUUCCAGGGUUCUCGUGACGAUUAGCUGUUUGCUCUAGAAGCCUUGUGUUCUGACACUGCUGGGAAACAAUCAAGUUGCCCAGCAGUAUUUAGUUGUUUUCAGUUUUUAAUUGUUGAUUGAAUCAACAAUUAAAAACCCUAGCCUCAGUAUGUAUUUAUUAUUAUUUUUUUAAUCAGUUAAACACACUUUGGAACACGUUUUGUAAUGUAUGGGUUAGGAAUUUUGAUAUUAUUGGUUUGGAACCACGAAAAAGCGGUCAAUUUUGCCAUGGUACUCACAUGGUCUUCAGUUGGUCUGUAGCAGAGAUAUGGAGUCAUUAUACUCGACAUCCACUGAGAGGACAGCAGGCUGGAUACUCUAAACUCUCUCCCUGUUAAACUGUGUGUGUGUGUGUGUGUGUGUGUGUGUGUGUGUGUGUGUGUGUGUGUGUGUGUGUGUGUGUGUGUGUGUUUCCCCAUCUCUACGGCAUCACAGGGAACUAAUUCAGUGACCGGGAUAUGUGAAUGACCGCGAGUUGCGAGUGUUUUGUAUGAAUGAUCAACCACGCUGAAUGUAUUUGGUUUAUAUUGGUCACAGAGACUUUACUUUGAAUGUUGAAUGUAUUUGGUUCAUGAUGAUCACAGAGCUUCGACUCUGAAUGUUUAAUGUAUUUGGUUCAUGUUGGUCACACAGCGGUUGCUCUGAACUUUGCCUUCAUGUAGAGUUUCUGUAAAUUCAUAAGCAGUUUUCUAUUUUUUUAUUCUCCUGUUUCCUAUUAAGCGAAAGCGUUCAAUAAAUUAUUUGAUAUAUUGGUA